UCUUAAAGAUUUUUUUUUCUUCGUCUACAAUUUCGGACAAUUGAAAUUCAUCAUUUUAUUUUUUUGAGUUGAAAAUCCAUAAAGAUCAUCAUCAUCAUUAUUAUCGUAGUUUAUUCUUUUUAAAAGAUUAAAUAAAGCAUUGGAUAAACAAACAAAUAAUGGACGUCAAUAGUGGCGAUAAUAAUAAUACAAAUUCAUCAUCAAUGAAUACAACAAUACGAAGACGUGAACGUAAACGUUCACAAAGUUUAACAAAUGAAAAUCAUCUUUAUGAAAUAAUACGAAUGAAUCAACCGGAUAAACCGAUACAUCAAUAUCGAGAUUCACUAUUCAGUUCAUCAAGUGGUUUUAACAAUUUUCGUGGAUUUUUUACAUUGGCAUUAAUAUUGCUAGUAUUAGCCACGUUACGUGUUGCCUUAGAAAAUGUGAUCAAAUAUGGUAUACUCAUCAAUUAUUCACAAAUAUUUUGGCUAUUUUUUGGUCAUACAUCUAUUUGGCCGACAAUAAUUUCAUCAAGUCUUUUGAAUUUAUUUAUUUAUUGUUCUUAUUGGAUUGAAAAACGUCUUAGUAAAAAUCAAAUCAAUCCAAACAAAGCAACAUAUAUAAUAUGGAUAAAUCUAACAUCAGUUCUUUUAUGGCCAAUUGUAGCCGUAUUCAUAAUACCAACACAUGUUGUUGCUGCAUCAGCAUUUUCAUUCAUGUAUUUGGCUGUUUGGUUAAAAUUAUAUUCAUAUCAUAGUGUUAAUUAUUGGUGUCGAUUACAUCAGAAAAAAACACAUAAACGUCAUAAUAGUGGUGAUUCAAGACAAUGGAAUAAUCAUCAACAUAGUGGUCAAAAUGAACAUCAUACCGAUGUAAUUAAUAAACAAUUGGUUCAAUAUCCGUACAAUCUAAACAUAUCGGAUAUUUAUUAUUUCAUUUUUGUGCCAACGCUUUGUUAUGAACUUAACUUUCCUCGUACCGAACGAAUUCGUAAACGAUUUCUAUUCAAACGUUUAUUCGAAGUGGUAAAAAUGGAUUAUUUUCGUAUGCUUGAACGGCUAUUAAAAUUAUCGAUACCGAAUCAUGUUAUCUGGUUAAUUUGGUUUUAUACAUAUUUUCAUUCAUUCCUGAAUCUAAUUGGUGAAAUACUUUGUUUUGGUGAUCGUCAAUUCUAUAAAGAUUGGUGGAAUGCUGAAUCAUUACAAUAUUUUUGGAAAAAUUGGAAUAUACCUGUACAUCAUUGGUGUCUACGACAUGUAUAUGUUCCAUUAUUGAAACGUGGAUAUUCUAAAAUCACUGUAACGACAAUUGUUUUUCUUAUGUCGGCCGUAUUUCAUGAAUAUCUUGUAUCGGUACCAUUACGUAUGUUUCGUUUUUGGGCAUUUACCGGUAUGGCAAUGCAAAUACCAUUCGUAUUUGUAAUACAUCCUGGAUUUUUUCAAGGACAUUAUGCCAAUAUGUUUGUAUGGUUUUCAUUGAUAAUUGGUCAACCCGAUAUGCUUCCGAUUGAAGAAUCAAUCAAUGCAUCAUUCAAUGAUUUGGCUACAAUUUUUGAUACAAACGAUAUUGACAAAGUGAUUUCCAAUGCCGAGGCAAAAAGUGAAAAAAGUCUUUAUCAUAGUGGUAUGCGUGCUAAAAUGAGUAUGCUAAAAGCUGCCUUGACUUUGGAUCCAAAAGAUAUGGCUGUUGCAAAAAAAUCGACAAGAAAAUGUCUAAAAUUGUGUAAUAAAUUGCGUAAAAAAAAGUUUAAAAAAAUUACCAAUAUGUUGACCAAAAAAAACUAUGGAGAUCUUUAUUCGGAUCUAGAAUUGCAUGCUGAACUUACCUAUGCAAUGGUCACCGGUUGUAAAUCGGUAUUGGCUUUAUUGAAAUGUACCAACAUGAAACGUUUGGCUAAAAUUGCCUAUCAUAUUGGCAUUUGUGUCAAUAUUUUGGCAAAAUGUCGUGACAUCUUUGAGAAACGAACCGCUUGGGAAAGUCCAGUUUCGAAAGCUAAUUUUGAAGCAGCUAUUCGUUUGGAACGUGGCAUACGAAAUUUGAUUGUUAGCUUUUUGCCACCAAAACUACUUAAGAUUGUCAACUUUUUAGGAUUUAAAGGUGUUCGUGACGUAGCCUUCACUGAAUUGAAUGCUGUCGUAUAUGAAUUGCCGGGCAUUUACAGUUUGAUUGGUGAAUUGGUUCUUAUCUUUUACUGGCUUUAUAUUGAAAUGCAUGGUUGUCUUGGACCAGCUAAUGUGGCUGCAAUGCAAAAAUUGAUCGAUGCAAAGACAUCGAAAUAUCCAAACAGUGUUCUCUACAAAGUGGCUAAAAACAAACUCAUUCAAACUAAUGGCGAUAUCAAAACAUCUAUUGAUGGUUACAAAUCAAUUAUUGAUAAAGAAUUUGAAUUAUUUCAUAAAUUUGGCCAUUGGGAAUUGAUGUGGACUAAUGCAGUAUUAUGUGAAUGGGAUGAAUCAAUUAAAUAUGCUAAAUUGUUAAGAGAAAAAACACUUCAUUCACCAGCCAUUGUAACAUUUUUGGAAGCAAUUUUCCGUUACACUAAAGGUAAAAUGACCAAUGAUCAAACAAUGCUUGAUGAGGCUGCAAAAUUAUUUGAAAUUGUACCAACAUUGCGUAUACGUUAUUUGGGUAAAACUAUGACAUUGGAAAAGGCUGUUAUUGUUCAAUCACAACGAUUCUUUAAGAAUGGAAAAAUGUUGGUCGCUCCUGUAAUGGAAGCAUUAUACAAUAUAAACUACAUCUAUUUGCUCAAUGGUAAUGAAGCUAUUGCUCAAAAAUGGUUUGAUAUUGUUCAAAAUGAUUUGAAUGUUUAUGCUAAGGAUUCGGGUGAUCGUGAAAAAUAUUUGACUGUUUUGUUCUACAAAGGUGUCAUUUUGAAACAUAUGAAAAAAUACAAUGAAGCUUGUGAAUGUUUCAACACAAUCAUGACUGAAGAAAAAACAUUCCAAAAGGAUAGAUCAAUUGUACCGCAAGCUCAUAUGGAAAUUGGUUUGAUUCGAAUGUUGGAAGGACAAAAAGAAGAAGCUAAAAACAUUUUGGAAAUGGUUAUUAAAAAUUAUUCCAAAUAUGUCAAUGAAAACAUUGUUCAUAUUAAAGCAUAUGCUGCAUUACGUGCAUUGGGUGUUAGCACUGAUAAAGAUGCCGAAGUUGAAGGUGAAGAUUUGGAAAAUUUGGAAGGUAUUGAUGAAUCAUCAGAAGAAGAUGAUGAGGAUGAUGAUCUUGAUGAUUAGAUCAAAUCAUCAACAUCCAAUAAUUAAAUAGAGAAGAAAAUCUCUUUAAUUAACAUCAUAACAUUAUCAUAAAAUAUUGCAUAUC